CAGCACGGCACGCCCUCCGACUAUUUCAAUGCGCUGGAGCACACGGUGAUCGAGGCCGCGGCCCCGCGCUACCUCCUCCAGCCGACGAAGGUGAACAGGCCGAAGCUGAAGGAUGAGACAUUGGCCCUGAUAGACCUGAAGCACGAGAUCCAGAGACGCAUUGCCCUCCACGCAGAUCAGACCACCCCCGCCUGCGGCCGCCUCCAGUCCAGGUUCGACGAGGCCGCCAGUGCCGCAGCCGAAGCAGUUCGAGCCGAGCGCCGCCGGCACCUCGCUGAGACGGCUAAAGAAGCAGAAGCAGCAGAGGCCGCCAUGAUCCUCCGCCGCCUGCACGCUGCGGUGCGGCGCCUGGCUCCCAAGGCCGUUGCCCCCGUCGUCGCGGCCCACAACCCCGCAACCGGAGGGGCCUGCCAGGACGCAGAGGAGGAGGUUGAGGUGAGAGCCCGAGCGUUGAGCACCAGUUUUGAUGGCACAGUCAUUGACAUGAACAGCUUAGGUGGACCCCCAUGCCUCCUACCGAGAGAUGACAAUCGCAUUGGCACUUGCGGCAUCGAUGGCAUAACGGAGGCCAUCCGCAACAUGCCGAACUACAAGAGCGCCCCCGUCCUCAAGAUGCCCGCGAUGAGAGACCUGGAGCCCGCCCUCGAGCCCACCACCGAUCGCUACGUCGACCAGCCCUCUGAUGGAUCCGUCAUUGAGAUUUGGAAGUUGUGCGUUACCGAAACAGCCCCAGCUCUGCAGAACGUGUUCCAUGCCUGCCGGGCCCUCGGCCACUCUGCCCAGCGCUCCAAGGGCGGCGAAACGGUCUCCCUCAGGAAGCAGAAGGGCGACGGCAAGUGCGCCAAAGACCACUACAGAACGAUCAACCUGAUCAACCACAUUGGCAAGGUCUACAUGAAUGUUACGGUCAUGCCCGAACUCCGAGGACUGGCGCCUCGCUUAUCGUUUUCGCAGUCCGGGUCUGUGGCGGGUAGGUCUCGGCUUGGUUCUGGCACGACGCCUGGCGUGCCCCUGGCCGUCCUGAUUGACCUCGAGAAGGCGUGUGACCUGAUGGAUCGCGAUGAGAUUUGGGCCGCGCUCGAGGCGCUCGCCGUCAAACGCAGCGCCAGACUCGCAGUCGAGGAGCUCCACGAGGGCACGUGCUACAUCGCCCGUGACAUCAG